GUGGGGGCAAGAGUAUCUCACUCGCCUGCCUGCCAAGUGCUAGAAGCACUCUGGAGACUGAAUGCCUCAUUCUGAAUACUGCAUGUUGCUGUUUGCACUUCAGAAGAGUCAGUGUUUAUAGAUUCGGAGGCUCUUGCAGCCCGUUGUUGGAUGUUUUUGCUGCUUUGGAGGAAGAGUUUUCACAGAGGUGAGGUGACGGAUACAGUAUCUGCUUUCUUUGAUCUACAUGCCAGAGGAUGUUCAAUGUGAACCUAAUACAAUCAUUAGACUGAAUUAGAUACAGAUCAAACCACUGACCACAGAUAUUGAAGGAAAUGAACACCUCACAUCAUCAUGGACUGCAUCAUUCGUACCGGAAUCACAGCCAGGGAACUCUGCCGGUGGGAAAGCCUGAUCAGGGUGAGAGAGGAUCAGCCUCUGGAUGCUAUGAGCAGCUGCUCAUCUCCACAGAGGUCUUCCUCACGCUCGGGCUCGUCAGUCUCCUGGAGAACAUUCUGGUGAUUGCUGCUAUUGUCAAGAACAAGAACCUUCAUUCUCCCAUGUAUUUCUUUAUCUGCAGUUUAGCCGUAGCAGACUUGUUGGUCAGUGUUUCCAAUGCUUCAGAAACGGUCGUGAUGGCGCUCAUCACGGGGGGCAAUCUGACCAACCGUGAGAGCAUCAUCAAGAACAUGGACAACAUUUUUGACUCGAUGAUCUGCAGCUCACUUUUAGCCUCCAUUUGGAGUUUGUUGGCCAUCGCGGUGGACCGGUACAUCACGAUAUUCUACGCCUUGCGCUACCACAACAUCAUGACCCAGCGGCGGGCGGGAACCAUCAUAACCUGCAUCUGGACCUUCUGCACAGUCUCUGGUGUGCUCUUUAUUGUGUACUCGGAGAGCACCACCGUUCUCAUCUGCCUUAUCAGCAUGUUCUUCACCAUGUUGGCGCUAAUGGCCUCGCUCUACGUCCACAUGUUUCUUCUAGCCCGGCUGCACAUGAAGCGCAUUGCUGCCCUCCCUGGCAAUGGCCCUAUCUGGCAGGCAGCAAAUAUGAAGGGUGCCAUCACCAUCACUAUCCUGCUGGGGGUAUUCGUAGUGUGCUGGGCUCCCUUUUUCUUGCACCUCAUCCUCAUGAUCUCCUGCCCCCGGAACCCCUAUUGCAUCUGCUUUAUGUCUCACUUCAACAUGUAUCUGAUACUCAUUAUGUGCAACUCAGUCAUAGACCCUCUCAUCUAUGCCUUCAGGAGCCAAGAGAUGAGGAAGACCUUCAAGGAGAUCUGCUGCUGCUGGUAUGGACUGACCUCUCUAUGUGUAUAAGGUUUUCUGUUUGACGUUAAAAUACUGAUUGUGAGACGUUGGCUUGCAAGAUAGCACAAGACAACAAAUUGAUGAUGCUUAGAAUGUACAGUAGGAGAUCUGAUUACACUGCAUAGCUGUGCACAUUUAUUUGAUGCCCAGAGAAAUGUGAUACUAUGGCCGUGCUGACCAUAAAAAAGAAACCUCAUUGUGAUGAGCUAAUUUUAAUGACUCAAGGAUUUGGUUCAAAUCUUUUUUCUUCAUUGACAUACUGUUUUGGUGUUUUCUCAUAUAUACCAGAUUUGUUUAUUUUAUCUGCUGAAUGAGACAUCAAAAGUGCCAGUAUUUAAAGCAUUAUAUGACAGAAAAUGUAUGCUGUGUGUUGUAAUUCAGUGACUCAAGCAAAUGCACAAAUUUUGGCAAUUGAGAUUAUGUUCUGUUAGCAGGUUGGUACUUAAUUAUCCAGCUUGAGGACCAUUGCAGCUUGAUAAAUGUGUUUCAGACUGCAUGUAUUUUUUAUAUUUUGUAAGUUAAGAUUUAUUUUUUGCAAUGCCAUCUGAUGCAAUAAAAAAACAUCAAAAUCAGCAAUUAUACCUCAUAGAUUUUUUUUUGUUUUUUUUUUUGUGUGGCAUUGUUAAAAUUAUGCCCUGUUGGACAUUUUGCUCUACUUUUACGUAUUGUCUUGGUUUACUUCAGAUUUUGUUCCAUUUUCCUUCCUUCCCAGCUUCAAUGUCAUGGAGCUCAAAAGAUAGCUCAUCUAGUAGACGAUUGCCUACAGGCUCUUAGAAGCUAUUUAUUUUGUUAGUCUUUUUUGAAGGUUACCCUAUAUUGUGCUGCAUAGACUCUCAUCUCUUUCAGCUACAUAAGAAGGGAUAUCUGUCAGUUUGCACAUGUACUAAGCUUUCAUUUAUAUCCAUGAUUUUCCUCUAUUCCAGUGAUAUUACUUGACCUUUAAAUCAAGGCCAACUCAACUGAAUGUACUAAAGAAAAUAUGAUUAUUUCUAGGCUGAGGUCUAUAGUGCCUGGAGAAAGUUAUCAGUUGGCAUUCCUGUUAGCAAUGAUAAUGGCUGAUAAUGGCUCAGCUGGUGCAGACCUCUGGAAAUACACAAUUUCAGUUCUGCCAUCUUUGAUCAUGGGCUCUCUUUCCAAAUUACAAGUGGUUUUGAGCCAAUCACCUAAGCUGUACAUGUCAAAUUUCUCUGGAGCCACAUUGAAAAUGACAUGACAACACCAAUUAGCUGAUGGCACCACCACUUCACUUUCGAUUACCCUGAGCUGUGUCAUGGAAAUCUAUCUAUCUAUCUAUCUAUCUAUCUAUCUAUCUAUCUAUCUAUCUAUCUAUCUAUCUAUCUAUCUAUCUAUCUAUCUGUGGAGCUGUCAAGCGAUUAAAAAUUUGUUAGAAAUUACCCACAACCCACAAAAGAUCAUUAAAAGCCAUUAUUGUGUUAAAUGAGAAAGCAUCAAAUAGACAUUACAAAAAUUAGCUUUAGAAUUUUUUUUAUUUUUUAUUUGAUUCAACAUAGAAUUUGUUACAAAUAAACCUUUAGGCUUCAGUUGCCAUGAGGGUGAGCAAAUUAUGACAAAAUUUUCAUUUUUGAGUAAACUAUACCUUUAAAGUUUUUUUUUUUUUCUAUGGAAAAAAUAUAUUUUUUAAUGAAAUGAUACUCUAAAUAAGAAACUAAAACUGCCAGUAGGUGGCAGUAAAUGUUUAGAUGAGUAAGUCAUAACUGCGUCCCAAUUCAGAGACUGCAUCCUUCUAAGGAAGCAGACAACAAAGACCAUGCCUUCGAAGGCCACAAAGGCAAGUGGUGCUCGCUGCAGAGCCAAAUGACCUCCAGCUCCACCUCUCUGGAGCUCAAGAGUGGAGCUUAACCUGUUUAAUGGGUGAAGAGAUAGGGUUAUGGGUAGGGUUAGGGUGUGGUUGGGGGAUGCAGUUCCACCCAUCAUGUCCACAGUAGGUCGAGAGAGGGGGAGCUGAGUAGCCUCUCCACGAAGGUCGGAACGAGCGUUGUUAAAUGGGAUGGUCUUGUUCUUGUCACCUAGCAUGUGUGACAGCUGCUGUUGAUGAGCAGCAGUAACGUUUGUACUGGACAUUUAAGGUUAUAUUAAACUGUCUGAAAACAAAACAGGGUUCGCAAACUGUCUAAAUAUGUUCACCAUGGUCCAUUUCUGUAUAUAAUAAAGAUUAAUGUUUUAUAUAUAUAUAUAUAUAAAACCCAUAACCUAUUUAAACCUAUAGAGUUUUUUUUAUUUUUACAGUUGUAUCAUUAGAUAUUUGAACCUAAUACUUACGUUUAAAAAGUGUAAUAUGGCAAUUUCUCUCAAAAAAUCCUGUAGUCACUAGUGUGCUAUGAAUUCUGGGAUAGGCAAGGCCAUGAAGGAUCCAUCUGUUGUACCCUUCAUUGCAUGGGAAAUGAAGGACGCAUUUGGAGGCCUCAUUUGAAGGAGCCUUCGAAUUGGGACAGCCUUUGUCGCGCCUCUGUGAUGAAGGAUGCAGCCUCUGAAUUGGGACGCAGCUAUCGAGUCAUUCAUUCAUUCAUUCAUUCAUUCAUUCAGGAAUGGGCCAUUGAAUCAGUGGCUCACCCGAUUCAUUCACUCAAAACACGGAUUCAUUCAGAAACGAAACACGCUGUGUGUUGCUCAGAGACGCACAACAGUUCUGCUCUGGCUUUAUGGGUAAUAUUUUCAUUGGAAAAUUGAGCAAACUUGUAUAAAAUCUAUAUCACAUUUUCACUUGUGCUAUUCAGGACAAAAACAGCACUUGUAUGAUAUUGCGCUUGUUACUCGUGUGAUAUUGCUUAACUAUAUCAUGUUAUAAAUAUGAGACAAAAACUCAUACAGGCAGAUUUUCGCCCCAUGAUAUCUUUAAUUUUAGAGGCAUAUAACUGCUUUCUAUAGGCUACGUCACUCAGUGAGCUGUUGCCCUGCUUCAUG